CUCCAUUGAGAUUAGAAAUUUACGGGCCCUUCGCGUCAUACAUAUUUUUGAAUGAAAUACUGAUCGGAAGGUAUUAUGGUAACGGUGAUUGUGCGCAACACGAUUUCUAUUUGAUGGACGGACUUUUGAAGCUUGGUGAGGAAGAGAAUGAAGUGAAGAUGAUGGUAUACGCAUGGGAAGUCGUGAAUCCUGAAGAUAUUAAGUUAGAAAUUAAGGGGUGGGAAAUUGACGAUAUUAAUAAAACGGGAAAUUUGAUUAGACCAAAGAAAGGUGUAUCUGCAGACGAUGAUGCGGACUUUGAACUGAAUGCAUGGAUUGUAAGAAAAGAGGCCAUCCCCAUUACACAUUCUGAAGUGAAUGUUGGGAAAGGGAUGGUUUCAAACGAUUCUCCCGCUGAUGACGCUGAUGAGAAUCAAUAG